AUGGCCGGGCGGGCCCCCCGCAAGCCCUGCGGUCGUCGGGGCUUGGCCGCUUUUUGGGGGAGCCGCAUUUUCUUCUUGGGCUUGCUGCUGCUUCUGCCCGGGCGAGGGGAUGCUUCUGGACCUCGAGGGCCACCGUCCCACGGAGAGCGGGUCACCCCACACUGGCUCCUCGGGGGCCGUACCAGACGAGCCGUCAGCCUGGAUGAAAAGGUGCUGGCGCCUGCCCGGGCAAAGGUGGCCGUGAUGGCCGAGGGCAGAGAGCUCGUCCUGGUGCUGGAGAGGAACCAGCUGCUGGCACCAGGCUACACCGAGACGCACUACGCCGCGGACAGGCAGCCCGUGACAGUGGCCCCCAACCACACGGACCACUGCUACUACCACGGGCAUGUCCGGGGCUACCGUGGCUCCUGGGUUGUCCUGAGCACCUGCUCGGGAAUACGUAUGGAGACGGGCCUGAUAGUGCUGAGCAGCAACGCCAGCUACUACCUGAAACCCCUGGCCCCCGAGCCGGACCACCACAUCAUCCACCGAGCAGAACACUUGCCCAUCCGAGGUGGGACCUGCGGCCACGGCGACGAUUUCGGGAGCACCAUCGCCGACAUCGCUCGGCUCUUCCAGCCGGUGCACCACCGGGCGAAGAGAGAUGCCUGGAGGACCAUGAAGUACAUGGAGCUCUUCAUCGUUGCCGAUCACACACUGUACAGGAACCAGAACCUCAACCUGGGCCACACCAAGCAGCGCAUCGUGGAGAUCGCAAACUACGUGGACAAGUUUUACAGGUCGCUGAAUAUCAAGGUGGCUCUGAUCGGCCUGGAGGUGUGGACGGAGCGGGACCAGUGCGCCGUAACCAGCGACGCCAACGCCACGCUCUGGUCCUUCCUGCAGUGGAAGAAGGCGCUGAGGUCACGCAAGAAGCACGACAACGCCCAGCUGCUGACAGGGAAGACGUUCAGGGGGACAACCAUCGGCAUGGCCCCGCUGGAGGGAAUGUGUAGCGCGGAUAACUCCGGAGGCGUCAGCAUGGACCACUCGGAGCAGCCCGUUGGAGCAGCCGCCACUAUGGCCCACGAAAUCGGCCACAAUUUCGGCAUAAGCCACGACAGCGCGGGCUGCUGCGUGGAGGCCACCCCGGAGCAAGGCGGCUGUGUCAUGGCAGCGGCCACCGGACACCCCUUCCCUCGCGUGUUCAGCUCCUGCAGCAAGAGGCAGCUGGAGAACUACUUCCAGAAGGGAGGUGGCAUGUGUCUCUUCAACCUGCCCGACACCAAGGACCUGGUGGUGGGACGGAAAUGUGGCAAUGGCUUUCUGGAGGAAGGAGAAGACUGUGACUGCGGGGAGGUAGAGGAGUGCACCAACCCAUGCUGCAACGCGCACAACUGCACGCUGAAGGAGGGGGCCCAGUGUGCCCACGGCGACUGCUGCCAGAGCUGCAAGCUAAAGGUGGCUGGGACGAUCUGCAGGGAAGCAGCGGGAUCCUGCGACCUCCCCGAAUACUGCACGGGUGCCUCACCCUACUGCCCGGCCAACGUGUACCUGUUGGACGGCUCAUCCUGCGCCUAUGGCGAGGCUUACUGCAACAACGGCAUGUGCAUGACCCACCACCAGCAGUGCGUCCAGCUCUGGGGACCAGGCGCCUGGCCAGCUCCGGAUGCCUGUUUCCAGGACGUGAACAUGGCGGGCAACACCUACGGCAACUGCGGCAAAGACAGUCAAGGGCGCUAUGUGAAAUGCGACAAGAGGGACGCUAUGUGUGGCAAGAUCCAGUGCCAGAGCUCAGCUAAGAAACCCCAGGGGACCAACACCGUCUCCAUCGACACCACCAUCCGUUUCAACGGGCGGGAGGUGAAGUGCCGGGGCACCUACAUGUACACUGCAAAGGAUGAUGAGGAAGACCUCUCCGACCCUGGGCUGGUGAUGACGGGGACAAAAUGCGGAGAUGGGAUGGUUUGCAAAGAUCGCCGGUGCCAGAAUGCCUCCCUUUUUGAGCUGGAAAAGUGUGUUUCCCGGUGCAACGGCCAUGGGGUCUGCAACAGCAACAAGAACUGCCACUGUGAUGCCGGCUGGGCUCCCCCCUACUGCGAGAAGCCGGGCUUGGGUGGCAGUGUGGACAGUGGCCCCGUGCAGCGCGACAAUCACGAAGCCAUCUUGAUAACCCUUCUGCUCAUCUUCCUGCUCUUCCUCCCGGCCCUGAUGAUGAUCAUCUACUUUUGGUACCGGCGGGAGAACUCGCUCUUGAAUAAAUGGAUAAAGGAGAUGAGGAGGAGGAGCCAGGAGACGUAUAGCAGGAGCAAAACCAUCAGUCGGAAGUCAACCAGUGGCCAUCCCAAAGCUGCUUUCACCUUGCGGAACAUUUCCACCUCCAGCCACACUAGUAAAGCAAAGCGGGCUGCGUUCCCUCCCAAACCCAACGCUCACCAGCCCGGCUCCCAGCCUGUCAACAUUGUCCACCCUCUUCGCCCGGCUCCCCACUCCAUCCCUCCGCGCCCGAGAGACCCCAAGCCUGCCAGGCCACCUCCGCCAGUCAGCAAAUCGCCCAUGGUCCCCACCAAAACGGUCGUCUCCCAGGCUAAGCUGCCACCUCCGAAGAAACCUCUUCCCUGCAGCCCCGUGAGAACCCCGCUGGUUGUCCCAAAGCACCAGCCUCCCCGUCGGCCGCUGCCUGGAAGUCCUCUUCUGGCCAAAGAGCUGCCUCCUGCACAUAGACAGACCCUGCUGGUCAUGGUCCCUCCUACCAACUUCAAGGUGUCGCGUACAAGUGCCAUGAGCCACCCCACAAGGCCAUUAAAGCCGAUGCCACCUCAAAGGCCAGUCCCAGCCAUCAAAGUCCAAUCAACCUCCUUCCCCUUGAAGAAGUGACAAACCAAGGACACCUUAAGCCCAUCCUUCCUGAGCUGGCUCUCCUGAUUUGCACUGCUGCUGGCGACAGGGGUCUUUUAUUCCUCUCUUGUUUUAUUUGUCUUUUGAUACCAGAGGACUAUUUUUAUAGGACAGAAUAUGUAUUCAGCACAAAAACUGUAGUGGUGGGAGGAGGAGAGGGGAAAUUGGUACCAUGACGUAACU